GCCUUCUCCAUUCCAAAUCAUCCAGGAGAAAUUUUGGUUUAAAUGUUUUAUGACAAAAGGGCAGAUAUCUUGGGACACAAUUUAGCCGGUUGGAGCAACACUUUCUCAUGAGUUGUGUUUGAAAAUGCUACAACAAUGCAAUUCUAGAGAAGAAAGUGACGUUUGUGACAAUCAACACUCACCUUCUCCUGCUCCAGUCUCCGCGACUCAUUCUCUCUCUAAUCACUUCUCUAACGUCGUAAGAUGGAUUCCAGAUGGCUCGUUGGAGUAUUACGCUGAUUUCGCCUCGAAGCUCGCUGAGGAUGGCCGAAUUGAGGACGUCGCUCUCAUCGCCGAGACCUUGGCUGCAGAGUCAGGAGCUAAUGUGGCACGCUUCGCUUCCAUGGUUGAUUAUGAUCUCUUAUCGAAAGGGAUUUCGUCGAAUCUUCGACAAGGUAAGAUUGAGAGCGUUGUUUACACUUUGAAGAGAAUUGAGAAGGUAGGGAUUGCUCCAUUGGACCUCGUCGAUGAAACGUCUGUGAAACUAAUGAGGAAACAGUUUCGUUCAAUGGCUACCUCUUUGCAAGUGGAGAAAGCUAUUGACCUAAUGGAGAUUCUUGCCGGUCUCGGAUUCAAAAUCAAAGAGCUGGUGGAUCCUUUUGAUGUUGUAAAGAGUUGUGUUGACAUUUCCAAUCCUCAAUUAGCUAUUAGAUACGCAUGUCUUUUGCCGCAUACAGAGAUAUUGCUUUGUAGAAUUAUUCAUGGUUUCGGAAAGAAAGGAGAUAUGGUCUCUGUUAUGACCGCAUAUGAAGCCUGCAAAAAGAUUUUGGAUACUCCUAACAUGUAUAUAUGCCGCACUAUGAUCGAUGUUUGUGGCCUGUGUGGGGAUUACGUUAAAUCGAGGUUACCGUAACCAGAAACACUUUAUGCUCGUCUUUAAGCGGCAGAGCAAAUCCAUUGAUGAUACUUCCCAAAAUCUCUAGAAACUCAGCAAUCCCGUUAUGUUUCUCAGUCUCGAAAACAAACUGAUAGAAAAUGUUGUUAAUGGAUUUCCUUAUGAAAGGACGAUGAACCAUAAAUUUACCGUAGAUGC